AUGAGGCUCUCCUGGAUGACUUUGGCCUGCUGCAUAUCUGCAGUAACAACCCUGCCACUGAGUACCAUCGCCGUUGCACUCUACACCGAAACAGCACUUGUACUAGCCUCAAAACUUCCUAUCCCACAUCUUGCCUUCACAAUCUACAGCGACAAAGAUCCGAUCCGUUCACGAAACUUACAAGCGGACGACUUUCAGUUUGAGAAAUGGACCACGCCACCAAGCAUCCAUACUGGCGCUGCGUCUAGCACUGAACUCUUUCGCCAGUACUUCGAUGGGGCGACUGCUUAUCGCAAUUUUCUACCGCCAUGGUGGAACUCGGGGAAGACCGAAGAGUUUGUUGCCUUUAGAGUCGGCCAAAAAAAGCGACACAACCCUGCCAGGGUGCUACUGGGCAUUUCGAAGGAAAUGAAUCUCAGACGCAGCGGACUAUGGCCCCUGUUCCUUGCUGUAGCUGCCAUUUUGGGUCUGCUGUCCUUUCUCAGAGUCAUCCUCCUGAUGGUCUAUAGUGAAGCUACAGGAGGAUGGACUAGGCAGACAAACACUUGGAAGCGCUGGUUGGAGUCGGUCGAGGAAUGCCCUAUCUGGACCAUAGAUGAUGCCUCUUUGUAG